AGAUCACCGCACCCCCAGCAGCAAACGCCGUUGACGAUCCAGCAAUGAAAGCUGUUGACGGCUCGCUCAACUUCACUGACGUCGUCAACAGUCUGAAGCAGGUGUACCCGCAAAAGGCGUUGGCUGAUAUCUCGACAAGCUAUUGCUUUAUUUGCACCCUUCAUUUGGCGAACGAGCAGGGCUUGGUAAUCGAAAACACAGAAAACUUUGAGAACCUGACGAUCCGGAGAGACUUUACUGCGGACCUCAGUGUUGGGCAUUAGAAGACGGGAUGGAAUGCUUGUUGUUAUGAUUGUCGAUACCAUCUAAGCUGGCGUUAAAGUAAGGGGUUCCGGAUGCAUCCAUACAGGUUGGGAGGCCACGCCCGGGACGUUAAUGUGCAUACGAAUCCCACACACCCAUUGUCAUUUCUACACCCCUCUCACUGGUCGACCACACAUGCUCACAUUGCUCAUUCGUGUCAAUGGAUACCAUGGCUUUCGGCCAGACUUUGACGCUUCAAUUCCGGAGCCAAUGUUUCACAAGACCCAUGUGCCGCAUUCUCAUUCUUCAAUCGAGUCGUGUGGGCAUCUUUUCGCUGAAGUUGUUGUCGAGGCUCUUGUGGAAGGUGCUACGCGUAUGAGCGUGAAGGUAGUUCAAAGCCCCACCAGUAGGGUACCUAGGUGGUGGGAUUUCACGGCCACGGCCGGUAUCGCUUUUGACCAGGCAUCGCAGCGAGUGCAGAGCUGUGUCACGCUCGAACUCACCGGCCAUCUACUCUUGGAAGUCACGGUGUGUUUGAUGUGUCGUGCUGUUCACGCUUCUUCGUGCCACGUGCGGUCAACGCAAGAUUUUGAGGCAGCGAGUACAGUGUCGUCGUCUCGACCGUGAGGAUCGAAAUCCAAUGAACUUAUGUGUGGGCAUCCUUUCGCUACAUAACGGUUUACCGGUGAGCCCAACACA